CCAGGCUUUACUCUCUUCUUCCGUCUGUUUGACAGGAAGCCGUGUCUAAACUGACCGGAAGCUGAUUCUUUCCAAAAAUAUGGAUUAAAUCACUAUUUCUCAGGGGUUUUCUGGGUCUCCGUGUUCUCAGAGGAUGUGUACUCCGGUAAGGAGCGGAGACAUCAUCCACCUGAACGUCGGUGGGAAAAGGUUCUGCACAUCCCGACAGACGCUCACCUGGGUUCCUGACUCCUUCUUCUCCAGUCUUCUGAGUGGGCGCAUCUCGACUCUAAAGGAUGAAACUGGAGCUAUCUUCAUCGACCGGGACCCCUCCCUAUUCGCUCCUAUCCUCAACUUCCUUCGAACCAAAGAGCUAUAUCCCCGCUCCAUCAACGUACACAUGCUCAUUCACGAGGCCGAGUUCUACGGCAUCACGCCGCUGGUUCGCAAGCUGCAGCUGUGUGACGAAUUGGACCGGUCCUCCUGUGGAAACGUUCUGUUCAACGGUUACCUGCCUCCACCAGUUUACCCAGUGAAGCGGCGGAACCGCCACAGUGUGGCUGGAUCGCAGUUCGUGGCGGGUCGGGCUGUAUCAGGGGAGCGUGUACCGGUCCGACGCAGCAACACGAUGCCGCCCAACCUAGGGAUCUCUGGGAUGUUGGGAAGGAUCAGCACGGAGGAGAGAUCAUCAGCAGGUGGGUCGUCGGAUUCCGGCCUGGUUCGGAUCAUCUGUGGGCAUCAUAACUGGAUCGCCGUGGCGUACGCUCAGUUUGUUGUCUGCUACAGAGUGAAGGAGUCGACCGGGUGGCAGCAGGUCUUCACCUCCCCUCGCCUCGACUGCGUGAUCGACAGAGUCGCUCUCAACGCCAGAGUGAUGGGAGGGUCACUAGGGGACAACGACAAGAUGGUGGCUGUUGCCUCGGUGACAGAGAUCAUCCUGUGGACCAUUUGUCCAGACGGGAAUGGGAAUGAAAUCGGUGUGUUCAGCCUGAAUGUGCCGGCUGAGGCACUGUUCUUCGUUGGUAAUCAGCUGAUCGCCACCAGUCACACAGGGAAGGUCGGGGUUUGGAACGCCGUCACCAAACACUGGCAGAACCAGGACGUGGUUCCCAUCAGCAGCUACGACACCGCCGGCUCCUUCCUCAUCCUGGGCUGCAACAACGGGUCCAUCUACUACAUCGAUGUUCAGAAGUUUCCUCUGAGGAUGAAGGACAACGACCUGCUAGUGACUGAGCUCUACAGAGACCCAACUGAAGACGCCAUCACCGCCCUCAGCGUUUACCUGACUCCCAAAACCAGUGACAGUGGGAACUGGAUUGAGAUCGCUUACGGGACCAGUUCUGGGACGGUCCGUGUCAUCGUUCAACAUCCAGAGACGGUUGGUUCUGGACCUCAGCUGUUCCAGACCUUCUCGGUCCAUCGCAGCCCGGUCACCAAGAUCAUGCUGUCAGAGAAACACCUCAUCUCAGUUUGUGCAGACAACAACCACGUCCGCACGUGGACCGUCACUCGCUUCAGAGGGAUGAUCUCCACCCAGCCAGGAUCGACGCCGCUCACCUCCUUCAAGAUCCUCAGCCUGGACGACAUAGAUGGACAUGGAGGCUGCAGCGCCGGGACCGAGAUCGGUCCAUACGGGGAGAGAGAUGACCAGCAGGUUUUCAUUCAGAGGGUUGUUCCCGAUACGGAUAAACUCUACGUCAGGCUGUCGUCCAACGGGAAGAGGGUGUGCGAGGUGCGCUCGGUGGACGGGACGUCCAUCACGGCCUUCAUGGUCCACGAGUGUGAGGGUUCUAGUCGAAUCGGAUCGCGGCCACGCCGCUACCUGUUCAGUGGCCAUAGCAACGGCAGCAUCCAGAUGUGGGACCUGACGACCGCCAUGGAGAUAGCCGGGAAGGUGGACAUCAGAGCGCUGGGCGGGCCAACGGAGGAGGAACUUCUAGAACUGUUAGACCAGUGUGACCUGGCUCUGACCCGAACACCUGACAGCACCCCGAGAGCGUCCACCUGCAGCCUUCACUCUCAGCUCAGCGAUGGGUUCCGGUCCGAUCGGGUCCAGCCAGCAGGAGGACAAGGGGCCGCUGGAGCUUUGGGUUCGUCCAUUUCUCUCUGCGGCAGCCUUCCCCGUCAGGCUCCGCCCCCAGUCCCCCUCACUAAACCGGGUCGAGACAGCGGCCUCUCAGCUGGGCCCGGCCUCUCUGGCUCUGCCCACGUCCGGAACGCCAGCCCUCGCCCUCUCAGACACCACCCGGACCGGGACAGAGACACGGGGUCUGUGCGCAGGGGCAGCUUUGUGGAGCGCUGCCAGGAGCUGGCCAAGGGGUCAGAGGUCACUGUGAGCUCCGGGUUUGGUGCUUCGCCGUGGUCGGAGGGCGUGAGGCGGAGUGUCGCUGUGUGCAGUGAUUUGGAGUCCAGGCUCCACCUCAGGACCCCCACCAGCUUCACCGUGUCCCCUGGAGUUCGUCACUCACCUGGAACCCCCCCACCUCCGUCCUCUUCACCGUUAGCCUCCUCUUCAUCACACCGCAGGGCGCCUCCCACUUCCCCAACAAGCCCCGCCUCUACUGCAACUAGCCCAACCCGCUCGUCGACUCCAGCAGCACCUCGCCGAUCUGCCGCAGCGUCACCACCCCCACCGUCCCUAUCUUCAUCAUCCUCCUCCUCACCACUUGAGAGCCCAGCAAGUCCAGAUGGCACCGGUACCGGCGCAGCAGCCAGUCCCAAACCGCACAUGAACGAGACCAGCUUCUGAUCGCAGCACCGAGACCGGAGGGCUACGAACCGACGCGAGAGGUAAAACCAGCGUGAUUGUGUUGCCAUGGUUGCCACCGAGGCGGCGUUUGCUGAAGUCCUGAAUCGUUUCGGACGCGAUUUCAUCAGAAUCCGAAGCGGCAGCUUUAAGGAAGCUGACUAAACGUUCGAACUUUACAGAACCAGCCGGGUCAGGAGGUCCGAGCGAAGCCGCGAAGCUCCUUUUUAUAACUUUCCUUACAAAUCUCUCAGGAUCUUUUUCCUUUCCUGUACGAUUGUUUUCUAAAGCUAGAACCUUUCUACACUAUUUAUUUUUUUAUUUUGUGUGAGUGAAGCUGAACGUUUCAGCCAAUCAGCUUCCUGCUCUGUAGGCCUGCACCCACCGGUCGAGCGUCUCGUCAGACUAAUCUACGAAACUGGGAAGAGCGAGUCCAUCCUCAUGUCGAGCUGCAGCCGAAUAAUAAUCCAGAUUAUUCUGUUUAAUCACAAAAACACUAAAGUUCGUUUUUUUUGUUCUCAGAAACCGAAAAUAGAGACAAAGUUUUUAGUUUAAAUGUAAAACGGACUUCCUGAAAACCGUUUUUAUGUUCCUCUAAAAUAACAACUCGGUUUCGCUGAACUUGUUCAUAAUUCAGAAGAUUUGAAUCGGUUUGGAGCGAAGACCAACUCGGUCCCAGAAUAACUGGAUUCUGUGUUUUUCUAAACGUUUGUCAACAUUUUCUUGGUUGUUUUAUUUAUUUGUGGGAUUGAUAAACCAGCUUCAAAUUAAACACACCAAAAAAGG